UGUUUUUACUGAGAUUCUGAAAUGUGAAUCUGAAGAUGCAUUAAAAUUAUUUAGAGAGGUUGGUGAGAAUGCAUCAUACAAUAUGCGUGAAAAUGAAAGUGAUAUUUACUAUGUAGGUAAUUCAACAAAUAAUUCUAAUGUAAUUAGUACAAAUCUAUAUCAAAAUUUUCCAAUUAGUAUAACUGCCACUCCUAUCAUAAAAAUGCAAACCAGUUUUAACAUUCCAUCAAAUCAUCCCUUUUAUUUUCUCAUUAAUAAACCGAUCAAAUCACCUUUAUCAUCAACACCAUUAAUUCGCUUGCAUGAAAAUAUUCCUUACGAAAAUUUUGAGAAUAAUUAUUCUCUGUCUAGCAACUAUUCUGAAAAUAAUGCAAAAACAAUUAAUAACAAUACUCUUUUCAUUCCUGAUCAAACUAUCCAAUAUAAUAAUAGAAAUGUAUUUUGUGAUUGGUUUCAAAGUGAGAAUUAUACCUUAGUAGAGGAUGAUAUUGAAAAUACUCAUAUAUUUAAUACUUCUUCAAACAUUCCAUACAAAAACUCUCAGUAUUUCAAAGGAUUUUAUUUCUCUAAGCCAUUAUGUAGUAGAUAUAUUUGGAAAUUUAAUGACAAAUUUUCUAGGAAAAAAAUAUUUGGCUUAAUAUUUGGCUUGACCUUUGUUUUCAUAUCAUUAGGGUCCGCUUUCAUCCUAUUUUACCAUCACCGAUCUAAAGCGAAAUACGGAAAAUUGAUUAAAAAGAGUAGCCGCGAAGAAUCGAGCAUGCGCAAUUCCACCUUGAAGCGCUCUAACUUGGAUAAAGAUGCCGCCAAUAAAUCAUACGACGAAGAGAUAUCAUUGGAUAACGACAAUUUUUUGAAUAGUCUAGAAUCAUCCAAUUUUCCUCACACCUAUACCGGAAUCCAAAUGGAACCACCUUACGCACCUAAGAAUUCCAAAUUUUGACAAUUACUUUUGAGGAAUACUUUGGUUCAAAUCAGACACUUUUGAAUUUAAGGAAGAAAAUUAUAUAAUAUUUUAUAUAUGUUUAUUAUAUUUAUUCGAAUAAAUUUUUGUAAACUUUUUAAAUUUCUUAUUAAUUUUUUAUAUUUCAAAAAAUUAUUAUAUUUAUUUAUAUAUUUUGUAAUCAUAUCAAUUUUUUUUAAACAUUUACCCCAUCAACUCUCUAUUAUUUUUACAACAGUGUUAUUAUUUGUAACGCCAUUUUCCCGAUGUAUAUUCUCAAAAUGUUACGGGUUUUUUUAUAGGCUAUGUCCUAAACGAUUUUUUAAAAUUCGGAAAGUUUUAAAACUUUAGCAAAUUUAAAAAAAAAAUUUUUAAUCUAAAUUUCUAUAGAAUUAUAUUUUGGACAUGAUAUUAAAAUAAGCUUUAUUCAUUUAUUUUUUCAUUUUAUAAAGUUUCCAAAGUUUGCGAAUUUAAUUUUCGAUAUUUUGGACACUGCUAUGAGAUUUUAUAUUAUAGUAAAUUUAUUUUUAUUUUGUAUUUAGUAUUAUUUUAAAUUACAAAUAUUAAUCCGUCCCCUUUAGAACCAUUGUAAGAGAUAUAUUAAAUUAUUAGAGCACUUGCAGCUAGUCAUAUGACCCGUCCACCAUUUUUACUUUUCUAUAUCAUUUUUUAAAAGUGUGUAAUGAAUAGUUAUAAAAAUGUUAUAUAUAUAUUUUAAAUUCCAAAAAAAAAACGUAUUUUACUCGUGCUAAUAAAAAUUUUGCAAAAAGUUUUAAAGGUAAUAUAUUUUAUAAAUAAUAUUUGUACCGUGUAUUUUAAAUAAUUUUAUUAUAUUUUCUUCUUU